CAUCAGAACUCACAAGCUGUUUCAAGUCUCAGUGACUCCGAGUCUCAAGUCUCCAUCGCUAAUAUCUCUCGAUCUCCCGCUCCAGCAGCCAUCAUAUCUUCCCCGUCUCUUGUUCUAGUUCUCAGGUUAAGGACUAAGAGGUUGAAGAGGAAAGGGCGUGGCAGAAAUGACAGAGGUUGAUGAAGAUCUGGUGGAGAAAAUCCUGUCAACUCUGCCUCCCAAGGCUCUGAUGCGAUUCAAAUGCGCCUCUAAAGGGUGGUAUGCGCUGAUCAACGAUCCCAGGUUCGUAGCUAAGCACCUCUCCUAUCACAAUUCCAAUUCCAAUUCCAAUUCCAAGCGUCUGCUCCUUAUGAAGAAGCGUUUAGUCUCCAAGGACACUGCUAAUGAGACUGCAGAAGAAGAAGAAGAGCUAGUGUUUUCGUUGCUUAAUUUAUGCAAUAAUGAUGAUGAUAUUGAUAAUGGUGAGGACAGCAUUAUUGUCUCUAGUGUCGAGGACAUCAAAAUUCCUUUUUGUAUGAGUCUAAAGACUAGAGGCGAAGCAGUUCAUAUCGUAGGGCAUUGCAAUGGAAUCAUCUGUCUACUUCUAGUUAAAUCUUUUCAGGUGCUUUUAUGGAACCCAGCAAUUCAGGAAUUCAAGCUUCUUCCCCCCUUUCCAUACCUUCCAGAUGAUGAUUGGUUUGAAGAUGUGUGGUCCAGGUAUGUUCAGGGGUUUGGAUAUGAUCCUAAAUUGAACGAAUACAAAGUUGUUAACAUUGGACUAGUUUCUCCUUCAGAAAUGAGGGAUGAUGGAUAUGAUAUUUAUAAUCCUCCAAAGGCUGCAAUAUACACUUUGGGUACUGAUUCUUGGAGAAAGAUCAACACCAAUGCUUUCGAAACAGAAACCACUGUCCUUAGGCCCGAAAGUUUCCAGAUUCAAUUCAAGCAAAUGUUUUAUUGGUUAGGACAUGAGCAACAUAAGGAACUGGUUGCGUUUGAUAGAUACGAGGACCUCAUUGGGCCGGUCAUCAUUUUGUUGGAUAUUGAGAAUGAGGUAUUUCAUGAUAUCAUGUUACCUGAGUGUUUGUAUCAUCCCUGGGUCAACACUGAUGGUAUGGAACUUCGAGUGUGGAACGAAUCCCCUGCUCUUUUUGUAUUGGUUGUUGGACUUCAAGGUUAUAAACCUGAAGAUGAAUAUUCUUUUGUAAUAUGGGUGCUGGAUGAGCUUGGUGGUCCGAAGGGUGCUUGGACGAAACACUUGACUCUUGAUCCCACAGAGAAACCAUUGGCAUUUUUGAAUAGCAAUGAGAUUUUUAUAAAUGAUUUCAUGAAACUUGUACUCUCCUAUGACCUUGGUAGCGAAAGGCUAAAAGAUACUCUCAUUCAAAACACGCCUUAUUCUACUCGUUAUUACGAGUCGGAUGACAUUGUAGCUGUUGUCUAUGUGAAAAGUAUAGCUUCAGUCUUGGGAGCCCACAAGCUCGAGAGCAGAAAUAAUUCCAGUGCGGUGAACUUUUCUCCACUCACGCACUUUCCAUCCGGUCCUUCCAUAGUGGACAGAGAAUUGCAUUCAUAUUCAAUAUGGGCCAUCCCACCGAAUGAUGUGUCUUUUAGGAUCAAGAAGUUGAUGGAAGGUCUCAGGGCUGAGUUCGGUGGGCCGGAGAUCAAACCACAUAUCACUGUUGUGGGGUCUAUUCGUAUGACGUAUGAAGAUGUGCUCAACAAAUUUAGAUCUCUUCCUUCUAAAUAUUUUCGUGCAUACCAAGCAAAAGUUAAUCUAGUGGUUACCAGCAAUUUUUAUCACCAAUGUGUUUCCCUACUCAUUGAUUCAUCAAUGGAAGUAUCCAGUCAGUUAGACUGUAUAACUCGCAUAUGCAGUGCACAUUUGGGUUUCUAUAACCCUGGUAGGCCAUAUUUGAGUCUCCUUUACGGGAGUCUGACAGAAGAAGAGAGGAAAAUGGCUCUAGAAAAAGUUAGCACUCUAGAUAAAAACAUUUCCAGCUUGAGCUUCACCAUAUCUCAACUCGCAGUGUACAAAAUCGACUACAGAGAUAUAACUCUCAAAUCAUGGGAAAAAGUUGCUGAAUAUGCCCUCCCAUUUCAUUAGGUCGGUCUCUUAAUUCAUGUUUAUUACAAAACUUGUAUUCUGAUCGAUAUAAGAGUACUAUGUUCCGGUGUCCCUUCAUGCUGUAGUUAUGUCUUUAAUUAGAUUCAAUAUGAUCUUUGUUCUUUUCUUCGAGCCCUGGAAUAUGUAUAAUUAGAUUUU